CUGAAAUAAACUCGAUAAAGGAGAAACAUUAUUGAGUAUUGACAUAAGAUGUUGGUGGGCAUAUAUCCACUUUGCAUUGACAGGCAAAGUGGACAUUUGCUAGUGCGGCAGGCAGCUGUUAGCUAGAGGGUAUGCAUUCGACGGCGGAUUAUGCCUGAACAGAGGAUGGGACAAAGAAGAGUUAGUCAAGGACAAAGUAUAUGCCCCAAUGCCUUUGUGAGUUGAGUUUUUAACUCCGCAGGCAGUCCACAGACAAGGAAGGACAAAAUGCCAGAACAGACUUUAUGGAAAUAAUUAAGCUUUGGUUGGAUCGGAUUUUUGGUUCUUUAGGAACAGAGCGUUGGUGUCACAGUCAGUCACGGUGCAAGCAAUAGAUACUCAUGCUCCCUAUGGAGAACACGCGUCCAAUUUUAUUUUAUGGACUGAUCGAUGGAGUGCUUUUAUGAACAUAUAUAUGGGCAGGCGAGAUCGAUCUGUAUACAAUACAUGUAUCUAUGUUCAGUGCCCACAGCUAGCAACUAUAGCCAAGCCACUGGUGUAGUGUUAGCAUGUUGGGUGGAGCAGGGGAGGAUCAGGGGAGGAGUGGUGACAAAUUAGAUGAGGAUUGUUGUUACGGUAUGGAGGAUACUGCAGAGGAAGGGGUGGCGUGGAGACUAAACCUGGAUGAUUACGACUUGAAAAUUAUCAAGGUAAUGGCGGCAGCGGCGGCGGACGAUCUCUAUGUCCGGUCUACUCGGCCUUGUUUCGGUAUCUCUGCAUUUCCACCAAGUAUGUAGCUGUAACUAUACCUAUACUCUCUUCUCUCUCUCUCUGUAACUUUGUUAUUUUGUUGGUCUAUCUAAGUUUUCUCUAAAUGCUUUCAUAUUGCAUACGCACUCAUGGUCAUGGACGUGGGAUUGUUUGAAUUGAAGGCAUAUAUUAUGCAGCUGCCUGCACUGCAGGCUGCUGCAUGCUGCACUUGGUUGUGGAAAAGAAAAGACGACCCCCAAAAGGCAAUUAGGAUUUAGAACCAACCAAUUUGGAUGGAUCCACGUCAUGGUCCAUUAUGUGAACCCUUUUUAUCCUUUCCGACAGUGAAAGAAAGAACUCAAGUAAAGCACGUUACGUAAUAGAAUGAUUAAUAUAGCGCUUGCGGAUUAGGUAUGCUCCCAAUCCCUCCCACUUCUUUCUAGAAGCCAGUAGCAGCAGUAGUGGGGUAGUUGAAUUGGUAGCUCUUCCAACACAAAAGAAAAGGCAGUAGCAGUACGUAAUAGGCUUCAGCUUUCGGCUAGUGUGUGUCUGUCCUGCUAGUGCUUUCCUUCCUGCCUCGGCUCGGAGAUUAUUAUUUACUCAAUUGAAUUUCCUAACUAAUAUAAUAAUGACGAUCUAACCGGGGGAAAAAUCUCAAACUCUCUUAGGUGCUAGUACCGAAUAUAUUGAUUGAGCAUGAAUACUGCCGACAAUUCAUAUGCGCAAUCAAUUUGGGUUUUUUCUUAGUUGCUUUUGCUAAUAAACAAUUCGAGACAAGGCCUGGAUGGACCGGACCGGACCGGACCAUCUUUCGUUUCCUUUCUUUGUCGCGAGGAAGAGAUGCGUAUCGUAUAUAUUGAUCACUCAUGGAUUAGCGAGUACUAUAGAUAGAAGGCUGUCAAACCAUCCCUCCUUCCCCUUUUCAUCACUAAAACAGACAAGUCGCAAAUUAAGUAGGCGAGACGAGAGGCAGAGAGAAGAUUAAUUGAGGAUGGUGGGUUCACGCACACCUAGUCCUCGCAUAGAUUCGUUUGACUACAGAAUUGAGCUUUUGUCCCCUCCUCCGCCGGGAGAGAGUGUCGCCGCCGUACCAUCAUGGCGCCUAGACAUCGACAAGUUCCAGUUGCCGUCCCAUCCUCAACGGCAGCAGAGGCAGAGUCGGAGGCAGAGCCGCUCUGUCUCUGAGAAUUGCAAUAUUCCAUCUUUUCUUGCACUAUUUAUGAACAAGGAAAGGGAGGUUGCCCAAUACUACAGGGCCCAGCAAAACCUUCUCAAGGAGUUCAACGAAGUGGACUCUUUUGCCGAGAUGGGUGUUCUGCCUGGGGAAUUGACUGAGAAGGAACUGAAACAAGUGGCAAGAGGGGAGAAAUUGGCAAUCUAUGCGUCGAACGUGGCGAAUUUGGUGUUGUUCGCGGCCAAGGUGUAUGCAUCAGUGGAGAGCAGAUCGAUGGCGGUGAUAGCUUCGACGGUGGACUCUUUCUUGGACCUCAUGUCUGGCUUCAUUCUCUGGUUCACUGAUCAUGCCAUGAGAAAGCCCAAUCAGUAUCGGUACCCGAUUGGAAAGCAGAGGAUGCAACCCGUGGGGAUAGUGGUUUUCGCCUCAGUAAUGGCUACUUUGGGGCUUCAAAUCAUCUUCGAAUCUGGGAGGGAACUCAUCGCAAAGGCUAAACCAGAGGAUGACCCUAACAAAGUGAACUGGAUGAUUGGGAUCAUGGCAUCAGUCACUCUGAUAAAAUUUGGGCUCACCGUAUAUUGCCGCCGAUUCCAGAACGAAAUUGUGAGGGCCUACGCGCAAGACCAUUUCUUUGACGUCAUCACCAACUCAAUCGGUCUAGCAGCUGCUAUAUUGUCCAUCAAAUUCUACUGGUUUUUAGACCCACUUGGAGCCAUUCUUAUAGCGGUGUACACAAUUUGGAAUUGGUCAGGAACAGUGAUGGAGAACGUGGGGUCAUUGAUAGGAAGAACUGCGCCACCGGAGUACUUGGCAAAGCUCAUAUAUCUGAUAUGGAACCACCACAAGGAGAUCAAGCACAUUGACACUGUAAGGGCCUAUACGUUUGGCUGUCACUACUUUGUGGAGGCAGACAUAGUGUUGCCCGCAGACAUGUCUCUGUGCGAGGCACAUAACAUAGGGGAGACACUCCAAGAGAAGAUGGAGCGACUCCCAGAAGUGGAACGAGCUUUCGUCCAUGUCGAUUUCGAGUUCACCCAUCAACCAGAGCAUAACCCAAAGCGAUUGACAUCCAAAUGAUGAUGUCUCUCCCAUACAAGAGGAAUUAACGUGUAACUUUGUUGUUCUUGCUAAUAUAUUGAAUCAAUAUUAAUGUAACACUAAGUUGAAGGAAAUCACAGAACACUCAUAACUUGUGUUUGGAGGGCUUAGGACACACGCAUCAAUAACUGAUGCAUUUCUCUCGUGUGAGUUAAUAAUGCUCCAUCAUGUGUCAUUCAACACGACACACAAAGCAGAUAAAUGUGGAAAGGUGGGAAGCUAAGCUACUGGUCGAAUAGGUCUAGUAACAAAUACUCUCAUCCCACGGAGCAGUUAGCAUGACUACCCUCUUAAGGGGUUUGAUUUUUGACACCCCUCUUAGAUACCAUCCAUCUAAUCCAAUGGUAAGGAUUAAUCACCUAUUUUUUUAAACAUUAGUUACAUAAUUAAUUUCUCUCACCACGUUGGAAAAGGAAAAGGAAAAGGAUCUGGGGAAAAACGGUUUCCACCCCCAAUUCGAAACCCUUUUCUUCUCCCCCCCCCCCUUUUUUCUCUCCCUUUCGUUUCCUCCUCUCUCCCUCGAUCCCCUCUUCCCCUGCUCGCCGUCGCCUCUUCACAGUCACAGUCCACAUCACCCUCCGUCCCACAUCCUCCGUCGUGGGCUAUGUCUUAGAUGGUGAUUGUCGCUGUUCUUCGAGCAACGCCAAGCUUGUCGUAACUCUCCAUCUCCUUCCACAAGCUUGGCACUGUGAAGGGAUCGACAGAGAAGACGAUGACCCUCCUCACAUUCCCGGCAAAGAUGACGACCCGUCUCCCCUUCCUACACUGGCCAUCCUCCCCUUCCCGGCGACGACGACGACGAAGAAUCUGAGGUAGCUCUCUCUAUCCCACUAUCUCUCUCUACCAUACCCAGAUCUGGGUUUUUGGUGCGGAACUGGUAUUGAUGCCAGUGAACUGGUAGUUUAUGAUUAUACUCAUAUGUGAGUAUUGGUAUUGAUACCAGUGUACUGGUAGUUUAUCAUUAUCCUGGAUUUUUCUAGAUUUGUGAUUUUUAACUAUUCCUUAUCAGUCUAGUUUUUCUCUCUCAUACCCACUAAGAUCUGGGUUUUUUCUUGUGGUAAUGUUACCACUAUAAUGAUAAUUGUAGGGUCUGAGUUAUUGUUGAAUAUUAUCAAUGUUAAACUUUUUAUUCCAGUGGUAUUUGUACCAGUGAAGUGAUGUGUCUUACCAGUCUAGUGGUAUUUCUACCAGUGAAGUGAUAUGCCUUACCAGUGCAGUGGUACUUCUUGCAGGUGCUCGGAGGGAGUCAGCAGGUGCAAAAAUGUACUGGUAAUUCUACCAUUGUAGUGAUAGUUGUCUUACUUAUUGACUCGUAUUUCUAUCACUGCAUUGAUAGUGCUAAUUAUUGUCUAGAUAACUGGCCAGGACGAAGAGACUGUAUCCUUGAGUGCCUACUGCCUAGAGGGAAGAGGCCUGGAAGCUAUGUGUUUUUGUAAUGAAGAAAAUGGGUUAGACCAUGACCAUUUCUCGAGUGCGGGUACCAGCAAGAAGCGAUUUCGUGAAAUGCAGGAUAAUGGACAACAAAUUAGGGGGAAGAGGAAACAUACUGAUUAUCUUAGAGGCAAGAAGUGCAGCCUCAACUCUAUAAUUCAAAUUAUGUUUUCCAUUGCAUUACCCAAGUGACCCAGGCAUCAUUCUACACCUGAUUUGUCGUUAUUUAGGCUCCGCACAAACAAUAUUCUAGCGACUUCAUUUUUGUUUAUUACAUUGGCUGGAUUCCAUUUCCCUAUUUUGAGAACACAUUCUUCUCCGCGGUUAGUGGUGAUACUAAUGGAAUGUUGCUUGUUUGUUUACGUAUCAGAUUGGUUGUACAUAUAUACUUUCAGUAGUACACAUAUCUGUUAAGUGGUUCAUGUAUCGGUGCAAUUAUAUGUGUGUCAGUUCACUGGUAUAUCUAUCAGUUCAGUGAUACAUGUACCAUUUCAAUGGUACCACCCCAAAAUAUAUCUAACACUACAAUGAGAACAUUUAGGAUGUGUUUCGAUUUUGCUAAUGAUACGAGUACAUUAUAUCUAACACUGCAAGUGGGUGGUCACAUUUUGGUAUGAAAAGUAUGACUUGAAUAGUUGCACGGUUACUUGUAUCAGGUUACCACUUCAGUGGUACAUGUAUCAAUUCAUUGGUAUAUGUACCAGAUCAGUGGUACAUGUUCACGACAGUGUUGUCGCUUGCUAGACUCUAUAGGGUUGCACUUCACGACAGGGAGCGACAAAAAACGACGUGUGGUUCAGAGGAUAUAAAGGCUAUACUUGAUU